AUGUUGUCCAUUCUUCUGACGAGGUCAAUGCGGUCAAUGACUACAGCGGCGACCUCUUUUAAGCCGUAUCCUUUCUCGAAAACCGCUAUCAUUCAUCCGGAUCUUCGUGUCACACCCUCAGCACCCCUUCUCAAGGGCAAGGGUUUAAUGCCCUACCUAAUCAGAAAUCUCCCAACGCCUGAAAAACAAUCUAUAUUACAUGACCUAUUCUCCAGACGUUCUCCGAACUGCCUGUACUCUGGGUCUGUGGUUAGUGUCUCCCUAGAACACGCACCUUUCCUUUUCACCGGGGUCAUACUAUCUAUAAGACGACGAGGCCCAGACACAUCGUUCGUUCUGCGCAAUGUCAUACAGCGUACCGGAGUAGAAAUGCAAAUUUUCGUCAACUCUCCCCAUGUCAAGAGCAUCAAACUCUUGCAAAAACCACCAAAAGGAAGGGUGAGGAGGGCGAAAUUGUUCUAUCUGAGGGAUUCUCCGGAGAAAAUGAGCGAGCUUGCUAGUGGAAAGAAGAAGUAA